GGUUUCAAGUCAAACCACUUCCACUGAGUGUCUGCUACUAAAGAUGUAAUUGACUAUUUAGAAAAUUUAUUGGCAAGAGAUGAAGAGUCCCUUAAUCAUUCCUUUCAUAAAGUUAUGGUCCAUAACUGGAUGGAAGAUGAUGUGCAACUCUAUAACACAAUCAAUGAAUACUACAAUGUUUUAUUUGUUCCUGUUGAAUAUGUAUCAAAACAAAACAUCAGUUCCUUCUACACCAGCAGCCUUAGUUUUGUCACGAAAAUAGUCAAGAUGGAUUUCAUGUUUCCAUACAGACGAAACAUGUUUAAUAUUGACAUACUUUUUAAUGAUAAGUCAUCAUCAGAUUGCUUUGAGAGCAGAACUACAAUAGAGGAGAUUGUAUCUUCAGUUGUAAGCAAUAGAUUUAAUAAUAAAAUGGAAUUAGAUUUGUCAAAUUUUUGUAAUGAUCCAGAAUUUUCCAAAAGAAAAAUAAAUUUUUAUAAACUGGAUCUUUUAGCAAAUUUUAAAAUACUAAUGUUAAGAAUGGGACGUGAUGUGAAAAUGCUGAACCUGAGCAAUAACCAGUUAAAUCAAGUACCAUUAGAAAUAUUGAAUUUCUUUACUAGGGGAGACAUGAUUGGACUCAAUUUGAGUAAUAAUAAUAUUCCAUCAGUUCAAGAACAGUUCAGAGUGGGUAGUAAAGUAGAGUACCUGUGGUUAGAAGGAAAUCCAUUAUGUGAAGAAUUGGAAAUCAAUGAUUACAUUAAAAAGAUUCUUAUCAAAUUUCCUAGGCUAUUGGAAUUAGAUGGAGUGAGAAUAAAUCAACAUGGUAUCAUUUACCCUAUAUUCAAACACUUUGUAGUAACAGCGCAAAAGAAAACCAAAAUGGUGGUCGAAAAAUUUGUUACAAUGUAUUUUAAUCAUUACGACUCAAUGCCACGUACGAAGAUUAAUAUGUUUUAUGAUAUGAAUGCUGUAUUAACUAUCUCCACUGAUUUCUCUGAUUGUGAAGAUUUGGCAAUGCCACACUACGCUAAAUGUGUACGUAACAUCAUGCAUCCUAUUAAAAGGGCAAGAACAGAAAACAAAAUGUGUAUAUUUAGAAGUAGGAAUAGCAUUACAAACUUAUUUGAGCAAUUUCCCGAGUCUACACAUGAUGUAAACACAUUCAAUGUAGAUGUUUUGAAACAUGAUAGUGGACAGAUGCUUUUAGUUAUAGAUGGUAUAUAUAAAGAACAGAAUCAAGUCUUGGAUGGAAUCUACAAAGAAAAUUACACAGGUGAUGCAGACAAUAAGAAAAACAUAUCUGAAAACUACUUGCAAUUCAGAAGGACAUUCAUUUUUAAUAUACAUACUGCAAACGGCGUAUCAUUAUAUCACAUUACAAAUGAAAUGUUCAGUAUAUCAUUAGCGGAAAGAGAAAGAAAAGAUAAUAGUUUUAAGUUUCCUAUAAGAAAAAUGAAUAACUUAAGCCUUAUAAAUCCUGAUAAAGCUGAAAUAAAAUCAAUAAGUAAAGCUUUCAAACAUUUAACAAUGUUGAAGAAAUCUGAAGUAGAAAGGCGACUGAAGGCCCACAAUUGGAACAUAAAUCUUGCUUUAAAGGAAGUUAUUGAUGACAUAAGGAAUGAUAUCAUUUGCAGUGAAGAUAUGGAGGAAGAUAAUAGUUUUUCGGAUGUAUCAUCAGAAAUGGACUAA